AUGUCGCAAAGCAACACAAACUCAUUACCCGAGACGACGACGGCAAAGUCGCCGGCCGCUCCAACACCAGACCAGGACUUCUACAACUGGUCCACCUUCUUCAACAUCUUGACUGGAGGCGCAACGCCGCAAGAAAGAGAAGCCUACUUCGACAUCAAAGACACAAUCAACGAGGAACGCGACAUCAAACGUGCUGAAAAAGAUCGCCAAUGGCUACUCGAGUACUCGCCCAUAGUGAGGUUCAUGCGCCACAACAUCAACCUGCUGGGCCAUGACUUGAACGAAACCAACAUGCGUGUUAAGCGCUGCACUACACAACAGAGCGGUGGCUUUGACCCAGAGUUUGGUAUUUUGUUGUGCGCCAACAAAUUCAGAAACAGAGGACAUAUGGAGGAUACCAUGGCCCAUGAGAUGGUGCAUGCCUAUGAUCAUCUUAGAUUCAAGCUGGAUCCUCUGGACCUCAGACAUGCUGCUUGUAUGGAGAUCCGCGCAUCGACUCUGUCAGGAGAGUGCCGUUUCGGUCGCGAAUUCUUCACUCGCGGGCAGUGGAACAUUACACAACAGUUGCAAGAGUGUGUACGAAGGAGAGCCACUUUGUCAGUCGCCAACAGACCAAGCUGCAAAGACAAUGCCCAUGCUGCUCGCGUCGUUGACGAGGUCUGGGACAGUUGCUUCAACGAUACCAGACCAUUCGAUGAGAUCUACAAGUAA